AUGUACCAUGGUGGUCAAAUCUGUGGUAACUGUUAUGCUUCUGGCAGUGUAGCUUGGUUUGAUUAUUGUGACAAGGAUAGAAUGUCAAUGACCGAGAUAGAAAAUAUGGUGAGGGAGUUAGGCUAUGAUGGGGUGAUUAGUUACUGCUAUAGUAUCCCUAUCUAUAGCAAUAGUGGUCUAACAAAGCUCAAUGAUGAUCAAGAUGUCAUAGACAUGCUUGUAUUUGUACUAGAGACAAGGCUAAUAGACAUCUUCCUACAUCAUGGGGUUGAUAGUAAUGAGCGUUGGUUUUAUAGUCAAUCAGGAUCAAAUAUGUUUGUUGAUGUAGAAGCUGAUAUUGUGCCUAACAAAGGAGUUGUGAUUGAGGAGCUUAAUGACAAUUAUGGGGCUAGUGUUCCUGUUGGUGGGAAAUGCAAACAAUGGAGCCCUAAUGAUAAUGAUGAUGAUGUCGAUUUUGAUGAAUGGGUGGACAAACAAACUGAGUGGGUUGGAGAGGGGGCAAAAGGAAAAGAGCCAGAGUCAACAAAUGCUGGGGUUGAAUCUUGGGAUUGGGGUGCAGAUGUGGAACUGGAUUCAGAGGAGUAUGAUUCUGAUAAUGUGCAGCCUAAAUAUGACUCUGAUGAUGACACUCAAAUGACGGAUAGAUGGCCAGAGUUCAAUCCGGCAACUGACAUGGCAGAUCCAGAGUUUGAGGUUGAGAUGAAGUUUAGCGAUUGUAAAGUUUUUAGAGCGGCUGUGAGAGAACAAUUUAUAAAGAGGAAUAGGGAUGUUGUAUUUGUAAGAAGUGAGGCUUUAAAGCUAAAGGCAGUUUGUGCAGAUCCAGAUUGCCCAUGGGAGAUAUAUGCUUCCAAAAUGCAGCAUGAGAAGACCCUGCAGGUUAAGAAAUAUGAGGGUGAACACACUUAUGGUAUUGUUUGGGAGAACCCCACUGUAAAGUCUAGUUGGCUGCAUGCCAAAUAUAUGGAAACAUUGAAGAGCAAUCCAAGUUGGCCAGUUAGCUCAUUCAUGGAGACUGUGGAGAAGGAUUAUAAGACUGGAGUUUCUAGGCAACAAGUUUAUAGGGCAAAAGAGAGGGCAUUGAGGCAGAUUGAGGGAAUAUACACAGAGCAAUACUCCAGAAUUUGGGAUUAUUGUGAAGAGUUAAGGAAGACCAAUCCAGGAACAACAACCAAAGUUCAAUGUGAUUUCAAUGAACAAUUGGGUCAUCCAGUGUUUCAAAGGUUAUAUGUGUGCCUAGGUGCAUGUAAAGCAGGGUUCAUUGCUGGAUGCAGACCCAUUAUUGGAUUGGAUGGCUGCUUCUUGAAGGGUGUAUAUAGAGGGCAAUUUUUAGCAGCAGUUGGUAUAGAUGCUAAUAAUAAAACAUGGGUGAUUGCAUAUGCAGUGGUUGAGUCUGAGUGCAAGGAGUCAUGGGUUUGGUUUCUGGAAUUGCUGGUAAAGGAUGUAGAGAUUGUUAACCAGUUUGGAUACACUUUCAUAUCAGACAAGCAAAAAGGAUUAUUACUAGCUUUUGAGCAAGUUGUUCCUAAUAGUGAACACAAGUUUUGUGCAAGACAUCUGUUCACCAACUUCAUAUUACAAUUCAAAGGGAAAGCUUUGUCUGACAAAUUCUGGGUGCUGCAAAAGCAACAACUGUUCCACAGUUUGCAAGACAGAUGGAAGAGCUGA